GCGGCCAGUGCUCGGGGCCCCAUGGCGUCACCCCCAGCCCGGCUCCUCCUGGCGCCACGACCCGGGGAGACCCAGUCUGGCUGCGGGAGGCCUGGGGCUGUGAAGUUUGCGGACGUGGCCGUGUACUUCUCCCCGGAGGAGUGGGGAUGUCUGCGGCCGACGCAGAGGGCCCUGUACCGGGACGUGAUGCGCGAGACCUACGGCCUCCUGGGCGCGCUCGGAUUCCCGGGUCCCAAACCAGCCCUCAUCUCUUGGAUGGAACAGGAGAAUGAGGCUUGGAGCUCCGCCGCCCAGGAUCCUGAGGAGGGGAAAUGCCUGGUUGGAGCUCUGAGAGCAGACACCCUACCCAGAAAGGAAGAACUUGAAGAGCCAGGAGAGAAGGGACCUGGAGUGACUCCCAAGAAGGAACCGCCUGAAGAGCUGGUUAAACACAGUCCGGGCUCCUCUGUCAGCAAGGCCUCGGUGACAUCGCAGGCACCCACAAAAGCUGCCUGGGGCCAGAUGGCUGCAGCUCAGCCUCCUGUCCCUGCACCCACUGGAGAUGCUCAGGCCACCCAGCAGCGCCACGUGUGUACAGACUGUGGCCGCCGCUUCACUUACCCAUCGCUGCUGGUCAGUCACCGGCGCAUGCACUCAGGCGAGAGGCCCUUCCCUUGCCCCGACUGUGGCAUGCGCUUUAAGAGGAAGUUCGCUGUGGAAGCCCACCAGUGGAUCCAUCGCUCCUGCUCUGGGGGGCGGCGGGGCCGGAGACCUGGGAUCCGAGCUGUGCCUCGGGCCCCAGUCCGAGGUGACCGGGACCCGCCUGUGCUCUUCCGGCAUUACCCUGACAUCUUUGAGGAAUGGACUGUACUGAGCUGUAAGGUGCUCCACAUCCUGCUGGAGAGAUGGCCCUGAGGGGAAGCCCAGAGGGUCAGCCCAACCACUCAGGGCUGCUGGUGACCUGCCAGGAAAUGCUUCAGAGGAGAUUGCGGUGCUGCCCAUGCAGGUGGAGGAACUGGCAUGCGACAGGUUUUCCCGCAGAAGGAGCACAAGGGAGACUCGUUUCACAGAAAGGAUAGCAGAACAGUGGACUAAGGCUGUGGCAGACCAUCUGGGCUCAGACCCCAACUCGAUCUGUGCUGUGCAAUCUUGGGCAGAUCACUGCUUGCUCAAGUCACCUUCCUGUGCCUCAGUUCCUCAUCUCUAAAAUCGGGAUAAUAAUAGCAAGUAACGUAAGAUUGGUGUAAAGAUGACAUGAAACAAUGUAGCAUACAAUCUUGCACAUUACUGGGUUUCUCUUGUUUUGUUUUCAAUGCUGAGUAUCAAACCCAGCCUUGAACUUGCUAAGUAAGGGCUCCACUGCUGAGCGUGCGGCACCCCUUGCUCCCCACCCUUGGACCCAAGUGAUUCUCUGACCUCAGCCUCCCAAGUGCUGGGGACCACAGACGCUGUCACCAUUCUUGGCUUCACAUGAGUGUUUAAUAAAUAUUGGUUCUUGUUACUGUGAUGCAGAAUAGUA